AUGGCAGAUCUACGAACAGUACUUCAUGAAAACGACAAAAGAGUUCUUCAGCUUGCAUUGGCCUGUGUAUCAAGAGUUCCCAAAGCAAGUUAUCUUCUGCUCACCACACUACAAGAGCUAGAACCUGAAACAAUUGAUUAUCUGAAGGCUACAUUUUCCUUCCCAGUCUGCCCUGUUGGCCCCACUAUACCAUACUUGGAACUUAAAUCUGGUCCUAAUGACAACCUUGAGCAUCUAAAAUGGCUGGAUUCUCAGCCACCUGAAGCGGUACUAUACAUUUCUCUGGGUAGUUUCCUCUCUGUUUCUAGCCCGCAAAUGGACGAAAUUGUUUCAGCACUGAACACAAGUGGCGUUCCAUUCUUCCGGGUGGCUCGUGGAGUAGCUUCAAGGUUACAGGAGAAAUGUGGUGAUAAGGGCGUGGUGGUUCCUUGGUGUGACCAAUUGAAAGUGUUGUCUCAUUCUUCCAUAGGUGGGUUUUGGAGCCACUGUGGAUGGAACUCCAUUCUUGAAGCCCUGUUUGCUGGCGUGCCGCUUCUGACAUUUCCUGUGUUUCUGGAUCAGGUUCCGAACGGAAGUCAAAUAGUGAAUGAGUGGAAGAAUGGGUGGAAAAUAGAGAGAUCAGAGUCAGAGAUUGGCGAAGUAAUUGUGAAAAAAGAAGAAAUAUCAGAGCUGUUGAGGAGGUUUAUGGAUCUUGAGGGUGGAGAAAGGAAGCGAAUCAGGGACCGAGCAAGAGAGCCAAGGAGUCUCUGUGUCCAGGCCAUUUCAGAAGGCGGGUCAUCUGAUGGGAACCUCGAUGCAUUUUUACAAGAUAUUGCUAAGUGAUCCUUUGACCAAGCAGUGACCAUUUCUUAAGAGACGUAGCACCAAUUAAUCUUGGCUAUUUUAGGGCUUGAAAUAAAUCAUGUUUUGGGAUUUUUCUUUUUAUUUUUCAUUUUGAGAUGGUAUCAUGAUAUCAUCCAUAUGUAUUCCAGAUCGAUCUCUUUUGACCAAUGAGUUAAUU